GCAGUCCUGGCAGCGGAGAGAUUUUUCGAGCACACACACCGCUACGUAUCUCUGUUCACCGUUGUACUGGGGAUAUCAUCAAGUUGAUAGUUUCAUUGUUCGGUUUCCAACUUGAAAGAAAGAAGUGCCCAUUAUGACGGACUCGCUCAACCCUCCUCUCUCCUACGAGGCUUCUGCUACCACCACUCACCCCCACGUCGCAACCACUUUGCCUUCGGAGGUCAUUUCGUGCCUGAAGAACUCACGUUUUCUUCAUCUAGCAACAUGCGAUGACCUAACUCCCCAUAUCUCUCUCAUGUCCUACACCUAUCUGCCCUCAACUCCCUUUGACCCGCACCCAACAAUUAUCAUGACCACCAAUCCUUCCUCCCGAAAAACUAACCAUCUCUUGACUAACCCACGAGUAUCUCUUCUGGUUCACGACUGGGUGUCCCAUCGCCCACCUACCCGGGCGCCGACUGGAGACCGUGAAGGCUCCCCGCCACCUGCUGCGACCCGUUCGUCGCUGGCGAGCUUGCUGAUGAAUUUGAAUACGAGUGCCCUAUCCAGCAUCUCUACGACCAUUACAGGCACAGCCCGUUUCCUGGAAGCUGGCUCGGAAGAAGAAUCCUGGUGCAAGGAGAAACAUUUGGAGAAUAACACUUUUGAGGAGGAAGAGAUGAACACAUUCGGCCAACAGCAGCAGCAAAUUGGACAAAGACGACCCAGUCUCUCCAUCGAUAGUGAUGUCCGGGUUGUUACUGUCAGGGUUCGCGAAGGCCGUAUCGCAGACUGGAAGGGUGGUGUACGGGACUGGACGGUGGUCACGGAGGGUGAAGAACAACCACAUUCUGGUCUGGUUAACGGCGAUACCCCGUGACGUUGAAGUUUUCCAUUGGAUUUUAUGAUCCCAGUACAUUCUUUUGUUUUUCAUGAAUAAAAGGGAACUAUGAUUUACGAGCAACUGCUCUACGUUGAAACCUUGUUUCUGUUAGGCGAUGCAUGAAUCUCUCGUAUUAAAAAAGUCAGCUAUGAAUACUUGAGGACUACACAUCAACCUUUGUCUAAUUGUAUACUAUUCACAAAGAUAACCAUCAAGAAUCGAUUCUACAAUCUACGUCACAUGAUCGACGUAAGCAACGGCUAUUGACGGAGUGAC